AUGGAGGACGAAAUUACAGAUAGACUCAACAAGUUCAUUCUUACGGAGGAGGAAAAAGAUUCUAUUGAGAUUGAUGUUCAAGAUAUCAUGUCAAGUAUGAAAAAUUGUGAAGUAAGUCUUCUCGGAAAGGUUAUUGCAGACAAGCAAGUCAGUGUGUUAGGUGUUAAAAACACAAUGAUGCUUGUUUGGGGGAACCCUAUUGGACUGAAAGUUUUACUGGUAGGCAAGAAUCUCUUUCAAUUUGUUUUCCGUCACAAAGAAGAUGUGAAGAAGGUGUUGUAUGGAACGUCGUGGCUUUAUAGUAAAUACUUGAUCAACAUACAUCAAUGGCAACCAACACUCCAGGCUAACUCUCAUAUCUUUAACAUGUGUGAGUUAUGGCUUCAAGUCUGGAAUAUACCACUACACUGGAUAUCCAUUGAAGUAGGAAGUAAAAUCAGACAUGCUCUCGGAGGGACAUCUGAUGUCGUGAUACCGGAAAAUGGAAGCAAGGAGGGUAGACACAUGCGCAUAAAGGUUCUAAUGAGUAUUAACAGACCUCUACUGCGUGGAAAAUUAAUAAAGAUGGGCUCGAAGGAAAAAUGGGUGGAAUUUCGAUAUGAAAAUCUGCCAUAUGUUUGCUACUAUUAUGGAAUACUAGGACAUACAGAAAAAUCUUGA